GGUCCACAGCCCAUCGUCUCCCUCUCCAUUUCUCGUCCUCUCCUCUCUUACCUCACCUCGUUCUCUCCGCCACCGCCGCCGCCGCCUCCAUUCCUCCACCGCCGCCACCCCAAGACUUCCCCCCACCUUUAUAUAGCGGACCACCAACCCAUCGCCUGCGCGUCCUCCCGAGAAAGAGAGAGAGAGAGAGAGAGAUCCCGACCUCAACAAUGGCGGCCGCUUCCUCCCUCCACGCCGCCCCGCGGGUGGGAUCCUCCUCCUCCUUCUCCUCCUCCUCCUCCGCUGGCCGCAGAUCAGCCUCCGCGGCGAGGAGCGUGCGCGUGGCGGCGGCGGCCGGAUCGUGCGCGGCGCGGCGGGCGGGGGGAAGGAUGGUGGCGCGGGCCGCCGUUGCAUCCAAGGCGGAAUCGCCGGCGAGCGCGGCCUCCUCCAAGUCUGACGGUCAUGAGGUCUUACUGUUUGAGGCUCUUCGCGAGGCCUUGAUAGAAGAGAUGAAAGAAGAUCCAACGGUAUGUGUCUUUGGUGAAGAUGUCGGUCACUAUGGAGGUUCUUACAAGGUGACCAAAGGUCUGGCUGAGAUGUUUGGAGACCUACGAGUCCUUGAUACCCCUAUUGCUGAGAACUCAUUCACCGGCAUGGGAGUUGGAGCAGCGAUGAAGGGGUUGAGGCCUGUUGUUGAAGGAAUGAACAUGGGUUUCCUUCUCCUUGCUUACAACCAAAUCUCAAACAACUGCGGAAUGCUUCACUACACCUCUGGUGGCCAGUUCAAAAUCCCAAUCGUGAUCCGAGGUCCUGGUGGAGUUGGUCGCCAGCUUGGUGCUGAGCACUCCCAGCGUCUGGAGUCUUACUUUCAGUCGAUCCCCGGCCUCCAGAUGGUUGCUUGCUCUACCCCUUACAACGCCAAGGGUCUGAUGAAAGCCGCCAUAAGGAGCGAGAACCCCGUGGUGCUAUUCGAGCACGUCCUUCUGUACAACCUGAAGGAGAAAAUUCCCGACGAGGAAUAUGUUCUAUGCCUGGAGGAGGCUGAGAUGGUGCGUCCCGGAGAACAUGUUACCAUCCUCACAUACUCGCGGAUGAGGUACCAUGUGAUGCAGGCUGCGAAGACCCUGGUGAACAAAGGGUAUGAUCCCGAGGUCAUCGACAUCAGGUCGUUGAAGCCAUUUGACCUGCACACCAUAGGCAACUCUAUCAAGAAGACCCACCGCGUGCUGAUUGUGGAGGAGUGCAUGCGCACGGGCGGGAUCGGCGCCAGCUUGAGAUCGGCCAUCAUCGACAACUUCUGGGACUACCUUGACGCACCCAUCAUGUGCUUGUCGUCGCAGGAUGUGCCGACGCCGUAUGCUGCGCCUCUGGAGGAUGCCACCGUCGUGCAGCCUGCCCAGAUUGUGGCUGCCGUUGAGCAAAUAUGCCAGUAAUCUAGACAACCGUUUAUACAUUGUUCUUUGCGUGGAAAGUUUUUGUUCAUCGUUUUGCCCAUGUAGCGAGGUAUCCAUUGUGGUAUAGGCUUAUUUAUAGCCAUUUUUAUUCGUAUUCUGAGUUGUACUUUAGCUGCGAGGACAUGCUCCACAGGAUAUAUUCGUGCACUGUAUCAUGCUGAAUUCUAGGAUUUAAACAUGUUUUUACUGCAAGAAGAUUUUAUAAUGUUCGAUUAUCAUGAUUCA